UUUGGUUUGAGUAACACUGUCACUGUUUGUCUGUCGUCGCCCACCUCCACCCCUUAAAUGUGUAGUCCUGUUUGGAGAAAGCCGGGGCAGCGAACCUGGGCCACAGCGAUUUAGAACGCCAUUUCCCAUGUAGCCUUGCGAGUGCUCUGCUCCUAGGCGUCUAGCAACAGCUACCAGCCCAGACAGCCGGCGGCAGCGGGAGCGGUAUUUCUUGGUAGAUUGUUCGCUGCCGGGUUUUCAUAUUUAAUAGUCGCUUGGCUGCAAACAGUGAAAAGACGACCCUGAGCACUGCACAGAGAUAUGAGCGGCAGCGGGCGGCCCAGGACCAGCUCGUUUGCUGAGCCGCCAGGUGUUCCAGGAGCCGCCGCCGCGUCCACCGGAUCAGCCGCUGCCGUGGGGAGCAGCACAGGAAAGUCCGGGGUCCCGCCGGCCUCCGGCGGCAGCUCGUCAGGAUGCUCGAACCUUAAGCUUGCCAGGGACAGUGGGAAGGUGACCACCGUCGUGGCAACACCAGGUCAGGGACCAGACCGCCCCCAGGAAGUCUCCUACGCCGACAUCAAGGUGAUCGGUAAUGGCUCGUUUGGUGUGGUGUACCAAGCUCGGCUCAUUGACAGCCAAGAGAUGGUUGCAAUUAAAAAGGUUCUGCAGGACAAAAGGUUCAAGAAUCGAGAACUACAGAUCAUGAGGAAACUUGACCACUGCAACAUUGUCAGAUUACGUUACUUCUUCUACUCCAGUGGCGAAAAAAAAGAUGAAGUCUACCUGAACCUGGUGCUGGAUUUUGUACCUGAGACAGUCUACAGGGUUGCCAGGCAUUUCAACAAGGCCAAGAGCAUCAUUCCUAUCAUCUAUGUGAAGGUGUACAUGUACCAGCUGUUCCGCAGCCUGGCUUAUAUCCAUUCCCAGGGUGUUUGUCACAGAGAUAUCAAGCCCCAAAACCUGCUUGUCGACCCAGAAACUGCCGUCCUCAAGCUGUGUGACUUUGGCAGCGCCAAGCAGCUGGUCCGCGGUGAACCCAACGUCUCGUAUAUCUGUUCACGGUACUAUCGUGCCCCCGAGCUCAUUUUUGGCGCCACAGACUACACAGCAAACAUUGACAUAUGGUCAGCAGGCUGCGUACUGGCUGAGCUGCUGCUGGGACAACCAAUAUUCCCUGGUGACAGCGGCGUGGACCAACUAGUAGAGAUUAUCAAGGUGCUUGGAACACCAACAAGGGAGCAAAUCCGAGAGAUGAACCCAAACUAUACAGAGUUCAAGUUCCCUCAGAUUAAAGCUCAUCCAUGGACCAAGGUGUUUAAGCCUCGCACCCCUCCAGACGCCAUCGCUCUAUGCUCUCGGCUGCUGGAGUACACGCCGGCGUCGCGCCUCUCGCCUCUAGAGGCCUGUUCUCACGCCUUCUUCGACGAGCUGCGUCAGCCGAACACGCGACUGCCCAGUGGCCGAGAGCUGCCCAUGCUUUUCAACUUCAGCACCACAGAGCUGUCAAUCCAGCCCCAGCUGAACUCGAUUCUCAUUCCUCCUCACGCUCGCUCUCACACAGCUGCUUCCGCCCACGACGGCACCGGUUCAGAGUCAUCUUAACACAGUUCAGUACCAGGAUCUCUUAACAGCAUCUGAAGCAGCCUCUCGCCUGCCUCCCAGCCUCACCCUUGUCUCAGACACACACACACACACACACACACACACACACACACACACACACACACACACACACUGUACAGGUUCCCUCUGUGCUGCUUGCUCUUCUUUAGCUGAUGUUUCUGUACAGUAAAUGCAAACCUGUAGUUCUGUAGCUGCCAAGGGUGAACAGCAGGAGAUUGUUACUCAGUCAUCUCGAAGCAGCUCGGGUGGUAUGUGAAGGCUCAUAGUGGGGGCUGGUCCUCUGUAAUAUAACUUUUUUUCUUUUUUUAGGUCAAUUUUUUCCCCUUUUUCUUUGUUUAUUUAUUGGAUUAAUUAACUCGUGAUCACACAGCGUCUCGUCUGUAGAGGUUUUCACUUCAGAUUAUUUUUUUAUUCUGUGGUUUUAAAUCCCUGUUUGUUCGUUGUUGGGCUGCACGUUGCCCGACCACAGCUAAAAGUGGCCCCACGUCCGUCAUCAGGGUAACCAAUAUUUUAUUUAACUCAGGGCAGGAGAACAGAAGCAGGGACUGGUAAAUGCAUGAAUCCUCCAGCCACAGUGUUUGAUAAAUCCAGCCUGAUGUUUAGGUGUCAGGAUCGGGUAGCGAUCAUUAUCUGGCUGGUGAUCUUCAUGUUCGUAUGUGUCUUUUUUUAUUCUCUCCUUCUUUUCUGCUGAAACAGUGAGAUGUGUCUGAUAAACAGUCCCUGGACCUGUGUACACUAGUAAAUGGAGAAAGGUGAAAUCUUUUCUUUUGUGGUUUUACACUUGCACAUAAAUACAAACUCCUGAGGUUUUAAUGGUGGUUUUAUUGUUGGAUUUAAGGAAUUCAUUGAGAAGAUAGUGACAUAAAACCUCAACACUGUUUAUUACCACAAACAUUUGUGGUGAAUUGGUGUUAAUGUUAUUUGUGAAGGUGUGAAUGUGGCGCGGGACGAAGCAGCUAAAGAUUUCUCCCAGAGCGUUUAGAGCAAACAAAUUCACUCGUUGUGUAUUAGAUCUGUGUCCAGUUGAUGGUCGGCUCAAAGCUGCCGUCCUUCAUCAUUAGUGACUUGAAAAUGCUCUUCUGGAAACUGACGCUUGUCUAAGAAAGCUCAAUAUCAACUGGUU